CAACAAUACCUACUUUGCGAUUUCUCGACCCGACACUCACCGCGAAGUUGUAGAACGAGGCCUCCGAAGAACAACGGAGAUGGCUGGCCCGAUAACUCCCGAUGCGCAGCCCUGGACCAGCUUGCAGGGCAGACUAAACGAUGGCCUCCUUCGCGGCUUGGCUGGAAUGGGUUAUGAAUAUAUGACGCCGGUCCAGCAGAAAGUCCUCACUGAGCUCCCAUCAUUCGACGCCGAUUGUCUUGUUCAAGCCAAAACCGGAACUGGCAAGACCAUUGCGUUCUUGCUUCCUGCAUUGCACUCCCUUCUUGCAAACCCGACAGUCCCGCGGGGGCAGGUGGCAAUUUUGAUCUGUUCUCCUACCCGUGAGCUCGCGUUGCAGAUCGCGAAAGAAUGCAACUCAGUCACCGCUCAGCUGCGCCCUGGUCUGGAGUGCCACACGGCGUACGGAGGCACCUCCAAAGAUCGGGAUCUCAAGGCCUUCUUAUCUGGUGAUCCAAAGAUUGUGGUUGCCACACCUGGACGGCUGAACGACUAUCUGAAUGACGAAUAUGUCGCGGAGAAGUUUGCGAACCUACGAACAUUAGUUUUGGAUGAAGCAGAUCAAAUGCUUGAGGCUGGAUUUCUGGUCGCUAUAAACGAAAUUCUGCGCCGUCUACCGCCCAAAGACAAGCACCAUUGGCAGGGAAUGUGCUAUUCUGCCACGAUUCCCGAGAAAAUCAAGAGCGUCCUACCCAAAAUUUUGAGCAAACAGCACACACACCUGUCUACCGUGGACCCGAACGAGAUACCGACGAUCGACCUCGUGAAGCAGCAUUCUGUCAUUGUGCCAUCGGUGGCAGACGUGUACCCUGCGUUAUGGGCUCUCCUUCAGAAAGAGUACACUGCUACGAAGAGCGACUUCAAGGCCAUCGUCUUCGGUUGUACAGCGAACGGCGUCGCUCUCAUGCAUGCACUCUUCUCGAGUCUUCUGCGGGACAAUAACAACAUCAAAGUGUUCCAGCUUCAGUCACGCCUUACUCAAGCGAACAGAACGAGAACCACGAAUGAGUUCAAGGAUGCUAAGGCUGGGAUUAUGUUUGCUUCCGAUGUUAUUGGUCGUGGCAUGGACUUCCCCAAUGUCUCGCAUGUCGUGCAGGUUGGCUUGCCCUCCAACGGAGAUCAAUACGUGCACCGUGUGGGUCGCACAGCCCGAGCAGGCAACGAAGGACGCGCCAUAAUUCUGCUCACCCAGCGUGAAAGCUUCUUCCUGAAGGUGAACAAGAAGUUGCCAAUCACACCGUAUCCUGAGGAUCUCACUGGUGCAGCGAUCGAACAACCAGCCGCAGAAAUUGGAGCAGCCUUCGUCAACGUCGAUGAAGUCACUAAAGCGAAGGCUUACCAAGCAUGGCUUGGCUUCAACAAAGUCUUCACGAAACAGCUUCAGCUUACGAACGACGGACUUGUGGAGCAAGCCAACGAAUAUGCUUCUGCAAUGGGCUGCCCUGAGCCUCCCAUGAUCGACAAGCGUGUGGUAGGCAAGAUGGGUCUGAAGGGUGUUCGCGGCUUGAACGUCGGCCUUGUGGAGCACAACACGUCCGGAGGUCGUGGCGGUCGACAGGGUGGUGGCGGUAAUCGGAACGGCGGUGGCCAUAGUGGAGAGAGUAGUGGCAGGAUCGAGAAGAGUAAUGGUGGCUCUAAUCGUGGUGGCGGUGGCAGAAGAGGCAGAGGGCGCGGCAGAGGCGGACGCGGAGGACAGUCUUGAAAAGAUCAUGGUGUUCGGCAGUAAGGCAAGAGAGAUACCCCUUGUUGAGCACUUGCAUAUGUGCUUCAUGAUAAUAAAGAUAGAAUAGAGAGAAAAUUCGAGGGACUGCAAGCUGAAUGGUUACAUAGAUAAUCUUACGGUUUUCCUUCCCAGCCCUGUUUGAGGAAC